CCGAGCGGAUUUUACGCGUGACGCACCGGACUCCCGGACACAGCCAGCUCUCCUCCGCUCCGUAUCUAAUGAACUGACGCAACAACGCUCUCCCGAUUCCUUCCCGGAUAUAUUAUUAUCAUUAUUAUUAUUAUUAUUAUUAGUGUCCAACACUCCGGGCUGCACCUCCACCAGGAGCUAUGAUACUCAGGAGCGGUCUCUACCUGCUGCCCGUACUACUGCACCUCCUCAGCGCCCUGACCCAAGAUGGAGAGCAGGAGGACGAGACGUCGUUCGACCUGUUCGAGAUCAGCCACAUCACGCGCAAGACUCUGGGAGCCAAGCAGUUCAGGGGCCAAAACUCGGACGCCCCCGCGUACCGCUUCAUCCGCUUCGACCACCUGCCGUCGGUGAGCGCCCCCAUCCUCCGGCAGAUCCUCCAGCAGGUCCACAACAACGAGGGCUUCGUGUUCGUGGCCAGCAUCCGCCAGGACCGCGCCUCCCGGGGCACCCUGAUCGGUCUGGAGGGCCCCGACGGCCGGCGGCAGUUUGAGAUCGUGUCGAACGGGCGCGCCGACACCCUGGACCUGGUGUACUGGGUGGACGGCUCGCAGAACGUGGUCUCCUUCGAGGACGUGGACCUGUCCGACUCGCAGUGGAAGAACAUCACCCUGCACGUCCACGGGGAAAACGCCAACCUGUUCGUGGGCUGCAGCCUGAUAGACAGCUUCAUCCUGGACGAGCCCUUCUACGAGCACCUGCAGGCCGACGAGAGCCGCAUGUUCGUGGCGAAGGGCUCCAUCCGCGAAAACCACUUCAGGGGCCUCCUGCAGAACGUACGGUUUAUCUUUGACACGCCGGUGGAGGACGUGCUGCGGAGCAGGGACUGUGAGGUCACCGAGCUGGAUGACACCAACACCGUGAGCGAGAGCGCGGAGAUGGUGGACGUCAGUCCCUCCAUCACCACCAACUUCAUAGGUCAGAAAACGGACGACGCGGCGUCCGAGAUGUGCGAGCGCUCCUGCGAGGAGCUCAGCAACAUGUUCCAGGAGCUCAAAGGCCUCCGCGUUGUCGUCAGCAACCUUAUCGACGGCCUGCAAAAAGUGACGGAGGAGAACACAGUCAUGAAGGAGGCGCUCGGGAGGAUGAAGAACUCUAAGGAGAAAAACAUGUGCUGGCAGGACGGCCGUCUGUUCGAUGAUAAAGAAGAUUGGGUGGUGGACAGCUGCACCAAGUGCACCUGCCAGGAGUCCAAGAUCGUGUGUCACCAGAUUACCUGCCCCCCAGUUGCCUGUGCUAGCCCGUCCUUCAUCGAUGGCGAGUGCUGCCCAGUGUGCAUGCCUAUAAACAGUGAGGAUGGCUGGUCCCCCUGGUCGGAGUGGACUGAAUGUACCGUCACCUGUGGCACAGGAACCCAACAGAGGGGCAGAUCGUGUGAUGCCACCAGCAACCCCUGCACCGGGCCCUCCAUCCAGACACGCAAGUGCAGCCUGGGAAAAUGCGACAGCCGUGUUCGUCAGGACGGCGGGUGGAGUUUGUGGUCCCCGUGGUCAUCCUGCUCCGUGACCUGUGGAGAGGGCCAGAUCACCAGGAUACGCCACUGCAAUGCCCCCGUACCACAGCUGGGAGGCAAAGACUGCGAGGGCAGCGGCAGAGAGACUCAACGCUGCGAGGCCAAGCCGUGUCCCGUGGAUGGUGGCUGGGGCCCUUGGUCUCCUUGGGCGAUCUGCUCAGCAACAUGCGGAGGUGGCAUCAAAAGUCGAACAAGAGAGUGCAACAGCCCGCACCCUCAGCACGGUGGCAAGAAGUGCGUCGGGGAGGCUAAUGACAGCGACAUUUGCAACAAAAAUGACUGUCCUAUCGAUGGCUGCCUGUCUAACCCAUGCUUUGGUGGCGUGGACUGCAACAGUUCUCCAGAUGGCUCCUGGGAGUGUGGACCAUGCCCGACUGGUUUUCGUGGAAACGGUACCCACUGUGAGGACAUCAACGAGUGUGACAUGGUGUCUGAUGUCUGCUACAAAGUGACUGGAAGGCAACGCUGUGUCAACACCAAUCCAGGAUUCCACUGUCUGCCCUGUCCCAAGAGGUACAAGGGUACCCAGCCGUUCGGUAUGGGGGUGGAGGCUGCCAAGAAAAACAAGCAGGUGUGCGAGCCAGUUAACCCAUGUAAGGACAAGACCCAUAACUGCCACAAAUACGCAGAAUGCAUCUACCUCAGCCACUUCAGUGACCCUAUGUACAAGUGCGAGUGUAAGAUCGGCUACGCCGGAGAUGGCUUCAUCUGCGGAGAAGACUCGGAUUUGGACGGCUGGCCCAACCAGAACCUCGUGUGUGGAGCCAACGCCACCUACCACUGCAAGAAGGACAACUGCCCCAACCUCCCUAACUCUGGACAAGAAGACUUCGACAAAGAUGGUCAAGGGGAUGCUUGUGACAAGGAUGAUGACAAUGAUGGAAUUGAAGAUGAAAGGGACAACUGCCCUCUCCUGUACAAUCCCCGUCAGUUUGACUUUGACAAGGACGAAGUUGGUGACCGCUGUGAUAACUGCCCCUAUGAGCACAACCCUGCUCAAAUAGACACUGACAACAAUGGAGAAGGAGAUGCCUGUGCGGUGGACAUCGAUGGAGAUGAAAUAUUGAACGAGAACGACAACUGUCCUUUUGUGUACAACACCGACCAGAAAGACACCGACAUGGAUGGUGUAGGUGACCAGUGUGACAACUGUCCACUGUUGCACAACCCUGAUCAGGCCGACACGGACAAUGACCGGGUGGGAGAUCAGUGUGACAAUAACCAGGAUAUUGACGAAGACGGCCAUCAGAACAACCUGGACAACUGCCCCUACGUAGCCAACGCCAACCAGGCCGACCAUGACAAGGACGGCAAAGGAGACGCUUGUGACUACGACGACGACAAUGACGGCAUACCUGAUGACAAGGACAACUGCCGGCUGACUCCCAACGAAGACCAGCUGGACUCUGACGGCGAUGGACGAGGUGAUGCCUGCAUAGAUGACUUUGACAAUGACAGCAUCCCUGACAUCUUCGACGUUUGCCCGGAGAACAAUGCCAUCACCGUCACAGACUUCAGGAAGUUCCAGAUGGUCCACCUGGAUCCAAAGGGAACCACCCAAAUCGAUCCCAACUGGGUAGUCAGACACCAGGGCAAAGAGCUGGUGCAGACGGCGAACUCUGACCCGGGCAUCGCCGUAGGUUUUGACGAGUUCAACGCCGUGGAUUUCAGCGGUACAAUGUACGUGAACACCGAUAGAGACGAUGACUACGCAGGCUUCGUGUUUGGCUACCAGUCGAGUGGGCGCUUUUAUGUAGUGAUGUGGAAGCAAAUCACACAGACCUACUGGGAGGACAAGCCCUCCAAGGCCUUUGGCAUCUCUGGCGUUUCACUCAAAGUAGUCAACUCUACCACGGGCACCGGAGAGAGCCUCAGAAACGCCUUGUGGCACACCGGCAACACUGCUGGACAAGUGCGUACUCUGUGGCACGACCCGAAAAACAUCGGCUGGAAAGAUUACACCGCCUACAGAUGGCACCUCAUCCACAGACCGAAGACGGGUUUCAUCAGAGUUGUGGUCUAUGAAGGCAAACAGAUCAUGGCUGACUCAGGACCAGUUUACGACAAGACGUUUGCUGGAGGGAGGUUAGGCCUUUUUGUCUUCUCACAGGAGCUCGUCUUCUUCUCCGAUCUCAAGUACGAGUGCAGAGAUAAACCGGAGUUUCUGCCAGUGUCCGUGAGAUAACUGAAUCAAGGUGGAUAGGAAAACAGAGGGCGAAAGACACAAAUAUCUCAAACCAAAACCCAGCGUCAUGACGAAAACCCCAUUUCGACGGAAUUGGGACUUCCCGCGACGUGCCUUCCCACCGAAGAGGAAACGAGGCCCUUUUUUUUUUUUUAUUUCCUCGAGUGCCUCGCCGGUGCGUGAGAUUCAUUCCCCUACGAAGGGAACGCGGACGAGAGCGGGCAAAUAAAGAAAGCCUUUGCAAAAUAUCUAAUCAUAGCUAAUGUACCAAUUUCUGCAUUUUAAAGGGACUCCGUGUACAACCACUUACAGUAUGCGCUUCUCUCCAGUCUCUCGUGUCUCUGCAGCUUGUGACUGACUGGUUUCUUUCUCCUCGCUAUCUUCUAACGCGCUCCGUUUGUUCUCGUCGGGCAACAGAAGCUCGACGGGCCGACCGGGGGCCAGGAUGCUUCACGGCCCCCCCCCCCCGUGUCGCCCUGCAUCCGAACCCCAGCAUCUGACUUACCGCACAGAACUGUAACCCAACCAGUAUAGCACCGCUGUCUCAAGUCCAGCGCCUCCCCUCCCCCAGCCCGUCCCCUGAAUGUGGUCGUUGUUGUUGUUGUCGUUUGGUUUUUAUAGAGGUUCUGAGUGAAUGAUUUAAACAGCCAUUUUACCAAGUACCAAAGAUGUUUAUACUAAGUCUGUAUAAUACUUUCUUUUGUAAAUUAUUUAUGCUCUGCUCUUUUUAAUUGUUUGUUUUGCUUUUUUUUUUUCUUUUUUUUUUUUCUAGAGAUUGUAAAUAAUUAUUUAUUUGUUUACACUGACAAAAUUCGCCAUUGAAUAUUUCAAACAUAAGGAUGACGCAUAGUGUUACGAGAUUUGCUGGGUGUGUCGUGUUGUCGUGCACUUACUUGAUUUGUUGGUUAGGGAACGCUAAAAGUGUCCGAGACGCCCGUUCUUCGCCUCCUCUCCCCAGACAAACGGCGGCGUGGCGCCUUGGGGUGGAGCGGCGGAGGCCGCUUUCUCGAUCAAACGCCGACGCGCUCGCUCUGCGCCUGUGUGACCUUUCUUUUUUCACUGCCGGACUUGUUUGGGAAGGGGCUACUCUGUCCGUGUUGUUGACUCUGUCUAGACUAAGUGUCCAUAAACCUGAAGUGAUACUUCUCAGUUAACUUAAUUAAUUAGCUUUUUACAGCACUUUUUCUUGUUUUUGUUUUUUUUUUGUCAGUACACAAACCUUUACAGGAGUUCAUAAUCAUGAACGCCCCCCCCCCCCCCGGUGCAGUUGUCUGCCCCGGUUUAGGGGGGGCGAGGGUAUUUAUCACCACUUUCUCACUGUAACUUUGAAAACCAACUAACUAUAGCACUUCCUGCACACCACCAAACAAGACAGUGGAUAUAGGUAACAGUAUUCAGUUGCAAUGUCUCGGGCGUUAGGCGUUUUCUUCUUCUUCUUCUUCCUGUUUGCAGUUAUGGUGGUUGAGGACACGUGCAAAAAGAGACCGGAAUACCGGCGGUAAUCAUAUGUAAUUCCCAGUGCUGCACAGGUCCGGCCACCUUUACAGGAGAUAGCCGUGAGGUGGGACAGUCCGUCAGACUGCUUUAGGAUGUUAAGACUGAGACACUAUGCACCGGUGCAGUAUUUAUUAUUGCACCGCUGCAUUUAUAUUAUGCAUUUAUUGCUGCAUAUUGCAUAUUACUGCACUAUGCAAGAUUUCACUUAUGGACAUUUUCAAACGCUCGGUGUGCUGUUCAUUAUCACUCAGCAGUCUUCAUUGGAAGUAAAUCCAGCUGAAGGGCUUUCUAAGGACUCAAACAUGGGGCUACUGUUUAUGGGCUUGGCCGUGUCGGGUGGAAAUCGAGGAAUUGUCAGCGUGCAGUUUGGGUGUUGUCAGUCUGUAUAAGUCACGUCCUUCCGUAUCUCCAGCUUGUUCAUGUUAUUGAGGGCCUGCAGUGCACAAAAUGUAAAUUGUUUUUGUAUACGUGCGUUGUUCGAUAUACAUUCCCGUACAGCAUCAUUGUAAGUUCCUCUUGAGAGCUCCCCUUGGAAAAGAUUGUUUCAUAAAUAAAUCAUUUUUACACCAUA